AUGGCAUUUCUCCUACCUACACAUCCUCCACAAAGACAGCAGCCAUAUACCAGUGCUUCCCAGCGGUCCCUACUCCAGAUCCCAUCCACGACUGCACUCCACUAUCAAGCCCAACAACAACUAGACGAAGAGUCGAUAGAAUGGGUCCUCUUCUCUCCAUCUCAAGCUGGCUCCACCACGGCUCGCAGCCAUACUACCUUUACAGAGCGAACCCGGCGCACCGCUGGCCUGUCACGGGUCAGUGAUUUCGGGUCAUUAGACACCACAGCCCAAUCCGAAGAUGAUGAGUUUGAUGGAGGAGAGUUUGAAGAUGAUACCACAGAGCUUGACAGUCUGGAUGAUGGACUGCGUGCCUUCCGUGAGCCUGCUAUUUACAGGGCAACAUCCGUGCACACUGCGAACGCUCCCCAGGCUGUCCACGAUGAUUCUGCCAUUCUCCCUGCUCAUGAUGGUCUGGGUUUAUUCCCAGCCUGUAGCCAGGAUGUCCAAAACCAACUCUGGCAGCAUGAACAAUACAAUCUGCGGCGAAGAGGGGAAUGGAGGCAUCGAAGGCGGUCUAGUGUCCAGAGACAUUUGGAUACUUUUGAAGAAAUACAGGCUCGCGAAAUAGAGUAUGAUAGAUGGCAGCGCAUUGAACAAUGGAGAAUGGAACAAAGUAGAGCCUUGUUGCAGGAGAUCGAGAAAGAGACGAGACGGAGAAGGAAUGGUCGUGCAAGCUAUACUAGUGAAAGAUUCUUGGCCCGACAAAUCUCCAGAAGCGAUUUCGGUGAUGCCAUUUUGGAAUCUUGUUUUCAUCAGACUGAUCCCCUCACGACUGGUGAUAGCGGGGUAGUGGAAACGCGGGAUGAUGCCGAAGCUGACGAGUCGUUCUGGAGGAGAGUAACGCGUAAUGUUAUUCGAGGUUUGAUUGGUAUCGAUGAUUCACUUCUUUCGGUCAUUUUGGGAGAGACAUUGGUCACGAUGGAUAAAGACAUGCAAGAUCAAACAUCAAGAACCUGCGAUCAUACAGAUUCUACAGUGGAAAGCUUAAGUGGCUCGUUGGACAUGGACCAGGCAAUGAGAAAUGUGGAUGAUGCGCUGCAAACCGACGAUACCUGGCAUGAGAGACUCCUGGAGCGCAUUGCUCGUGAGCUGGGCAUUCUUGUCCAUCAAUUGUGUGAACACCCAGGUACGUUCAGCACCUAUGUUCGCACUUCUUCGUCUAUCACAAACCAGUAUGCCGGCAUGCCUAUUUCUCUUUCUCCCUCCAAUUCCACGUCAUUUGUCACGCAGCCACCUCUCUCGCGCAACAUGUCCAACAAUACAGUAUCAAAUGUUCCUUCAGCAUACCCCCCCCAAUAUGAAUUCAAGCCGACCCUUCAAGAUGCGGUUACCACUCAUCACACCGCUCUCUUCGGAAUUGAGGAGCAAUUGCCUCUCUACCAUCUCAACCCAAACAUGCAGACAACAUCAAUAAUUCCCACAAACGCACAAUCCAGAUCAGGCGACACCCCAUCCGACGCCGCCCUCCUCGAGCGCGAGCGUGAGUACUGGGAACGCGAACUGGAUAUCAAAAUGGUCUUUCACUUCCUCCGCAACCGCUUUAGGAAAAACAUCCCCUUCACAAAUAAAAACAGUUACAGCAGUGCCUCACCAUGGCAUCGCAGCUCCACAUCCACUGCUCCCGCAGACAUGACCCACUACACUUGUUCAACAAAUCAACAAGACCCAUCCCUCCGCGCUGCCAUAAUCCGCCAACACCACCCACUCGUUGCGCGUGCCCAUGCCCGUUCACAAUCCCAAAUGCAACGGCCCAUGACGAGACAAGCACGACAGCCUCCAGCGUCUGUCUCUAGCUCUGCUGCAGCGGCAGGGGGCAGUCCGAUCCUGCGCCAUCAUAUCCGCUACACCAGCUCUAGUUGUGCAAGCCAGAGUUCGAAGAUGUCCGUUGUCUCUGCUAAGCGGACGAUGACGGUUGGCAGUGGGUCGAGUCGACAUUACUGGGAUAUUGGGGGGAGUUUAGGGAGCGGAAGCGUUGUUGUUUCGGCUGUUGGAGGGAUGGGGAGUUGGGGAGAUGUCUGA